UCCCGAAUUCCCACCCCCCUUUUCAUUUCCUCUAUAUUUAUAUGCUUCAUGCAUUUCGGUGAUUCACUCAUCACAUCGUCACCAAUUUCCAAGACUUUUCUCUCUCCUCCUCCUAUUUUCUCUCCAGAUUUGGAACGAAUCAAUCCUUCUUUCUUUGAUAAAUUCAUUAGACCAACGAAUUUCACGCCAAUUUAUUCCUCAAAUUUCUUGUUUCGUUAAUUUUUGUUCUUAACCCUAAGUUUUGCGCUUUGAUUCUUGUUUGAGAAGGCGUUGCACAACAUGGCGGAAGGUGAUUUCAAAGUUGAGAAGCAAGUGAGUGGAAGCGAAGAAGAAAGAUUGAAGUACUUUGAAUUUGUGCAUUCUACUGCACUGCAAGCCAUUUUAUGCUUUUCAAACAUCUAUGGUUAUGCUAAGGACAAGUCCGGGCCGUUGAAGCCUGGUGUCGAGACUGUCGAGGGUACAGUUAAGACUGUUGUCCGUCCGGUUUAUGACCGGUUUCAUGAAGUUCCUCUUGAACUUCUCAAGUUUGUUGAUCGCAAGGUUGAUGACACUUUGUCCAAGGUGCAGCAUAGUGUUCCACCCCUAGUGAAGCAGGUAUCCAGCAGAGCUUUCGAUGCGGCCCAAAAGGCACCUGAGGUAGCUCGUGGUGUAGCCUCAGAAGUUCAACGUGUAGGUGUGGUGGAUACUGCAUCUGGAUUUGCAAAGGAUGUCUACACCAAAUACGAGCCCACAGCUAAAGAGAUCUAUACCAAGUAUGAGCCAGUAGCAGAGCAGUAUGCUGUUUCAGCAUGGCGGUCACUCAACCGCCUUCCCCUUUUCCCCAAGGUGGCUGAGGUAAUUGUUCCCACAGCAGCCUUGUGCUCUGAGAAGUAUAAUCAAACUGUGAAAGUUGGUGCUGAGAGGGGUUACAGAGUUGCCAACUAUUUGCCCUUUGUGCCUGUUGACAAGAUUGCGAAGGUGUUUGAAAGUCAGGAUGGGGAGACACAGACUGUUGCUGCUGAUGGAAAUGGUGUUGCUGUUCCUGCCGCUGCACACUGAGCUUUUAUCACUCUUUUUAUAACUUGCAAACAGGAAAAAAAAAAAAUAGAAAAAAAGAAAAAAGAGGAUGUUCAUAGAUCAUAGCUUGAAGCUUUUGGUUAUGGAAUGCAGUUUUGGUUGUUAGAAUAUGUUAGUGGUGUUUCUGUUCAGUUCUUGUUUUCAUGUUUGGUUUUGGGAAAUCUAUUGCUUUAUUCUUCAGACCUUCAGUUGAUGGUAAUGAUGUAUAAAUCUGUUCUGGAUGCUGUUUUAAGAAAUCUUGUUUUAUAAAAAGAUUAACAUUUUGCUGUA